AUGCCAAGUUCAGCGCUUCGCUUGCCCCCCUUCGGGCCGCUGCUGAACACAGCAGACGCUAUCAGCCGCAUCCUGACUGCAACAAAAGACUACACGAGCAUAACAAUCGACAUUCACGACGACAAGGCGUUCAGGAACCGAACCACGGCCGUGGACGCUGCUGUCAAGUCUAUCCUCGUGCCCGAACUCGGCAAAUACAGAGUGCUCGACCGGCAUUCUCUCUUGGAGGGUGCCUUCAAGAUGAAGCUCUUUUCGAUCCAGAACGAACUGGGAUCAGACAUUGAACGACUCAAGGAUGCCCUCUUCCGAUGCCUCGACCUUCUUUUGCGCUGCUCGGAACUCGAACUCGUCGAGCCGUUGACCCCCAUCCAUCUCCUGGAGGAAGUCUUGGAUAUGCAGACGGUCGAGUGUGGCGAGCAAGUUUAUUAUUAUCUGGAAUCGCGUGUGGAUAUGUUCACCUCUGGUAUCGCCAACACCAAAGGAAAGGGAUUGUCGUUUCUUCGAAUCUGCAACGAGCUCCUCCGACGACUUUCAAAGGCAAAGAACACGGUUUUGUGUGGGCGUAUCCUGAUGCUGCUCUCAAGCGUGUUUCCCAUCACUGAGCGAUCAGGAGUCAACCUCAAGGGAGAAUUCAACACAGAGAACGUUACCCUUGUCGAGAGUGACGAUAUCGUGAUUGUUCCAGAGCUGGCUUCCACUCCUCAGUCUCAGAAGGGUGAUGACUCUCGAGUUCCCGCCGGUGAAGCUAUGGAUGUCGAUCAAGAAGCAGGAUCACCCGCAAAGGAACAGAUGGAGGAGGAUAAGCCGGAUGAAACUGCCAGAACACAGACGCAAUUCUACACUGUUUUCUGGGGCCUCCAGUCAUUCUUCAACAACCCGAACUUGCUCAUCAACUCAACAGACAACAUGACCAAGCUGCGGGAAGGCAUCGACAAAACUCUCGCCAAGUUCGCGUCAAUUGAGGAAGAGGAGCAGAAAUCUCGUGGCCAAAGGGCGGAAGCGGCUAGCGCAGCUACAGAUGCGCUCACGUCAGAACCAGCCACCGAGUCAGCAGCCAGCCAAAGCGUGGAGAAGAAGAAACACAGCUCGAACAAGGACAAGACGAGCCCGCCAAGCACGUAUUUCCCAAAGUUCCUUACCAGCCCCAAGCUGUUGCAACUCGAGAUUGUGGACCCGUAUUUCAGGAAACACAUUCUUGUCCAGUUCUUGAUUAUGAUCCAGUACUUGCAGAGCCACAGCUUGGCCACCAAAGAAGCACAGGCCAAGAUUACGACGCCUAACCGGCCAUUCUUGUCGCAAUGGAUCUUGGACGCCAAGGACCAGGAAUGGACAGAGGCCACCCGCCCCAUAAUCCUCAAGCACCUGAAGGCGGCUGGACUUGAGGCUGGCGACUCUUCUUUCGUGAGCACGGUCGAAGAAGUACUCAAGGAUGAUGAGAACUGGGUGCAAUGGAAGGCUGAGAGCUGUCAACCAUUUGAGAAGCCUUCAUGGACAGCCGAGAAAGUUGAGCAAACGGGCCAGAAGCGCAAGCGUCUGUCGGAAAAGAUGGCACCAUUGAAGCAGAGACUCGGUUGCGCGUCCUUGACAGAGCUGUGGCGUGAGGUUGCAGACCGAGAAUGGGAAGAGCCUGGAUUCGGAAGCUAUAAACCCCCUCGAGAUGUGGACUCGUACUUGUACGAUGUGGGGCGUUUGAGAAAACGGGAGGACAUGAUAAGAAAACUUCAGAACAAGGAUAAGGAAGUCUUGGCUCAGAAGGAAGAGGAGGCGAAGGAGAAGGACCAAGGAAGGAUGUGGAGGGCUUUCCGACUCGGCGUGCAGCAGUACAUUCACCUCUACGAUAACCUCAAGCUCGACUUUGAUGGAUUAGCGAAUGCUAUCAAGGAAGAUAAGGCCUUUGAGGAUAUGGUCCGCGAGAAUGGAGGCAAGGUUCCCGAACCGCCAGCAGAGGAGAACGCCGAGGAAGGCAGCCAGGCUGGCACACAGGAACAGGCAGAGGUAGACAACCAGGCCGGCACACAGGAGCAGGCAGAGGCUGGCGGUGAGGUGAAGCCUUCUCAAGGCGAGAAUGGGGCACAGGAGGAUGUGGACAUGAAGGAGACGAGCCCCGCUGGAGACGUUGCUGCCGCCAAGACUGACCCCGCUUCUGCAGCUACAUCAACACCGUCUACACCUCCACCUGCAGCACCAGCACCAAAAGCAGCAUCAACGACGGGAGCCGCAGAAGGUCAGGAGGACAAGGCCGAGCCUGUGAAUAGUGGAUCUGCUUCACCGACAGAUAAACCAGCAGUCGAUGCCGACGCCGCCAUGGACACACAGUCUACCCCCAACCACAGCUCUUUAUCUUCAUAG